AUGUUUUCGUAUGGCAAACGUUUCAUGCAAUUAAUUGGACCCGAUGUGAUUUAUUGGUUUCCAGCAUGUAUAUUAAUGGGAGCAGCUUUUGAAUUGUUUAAAAUAAAGUUCACAUUUAUGGGUGUGAACUAUUAUGCGGUAUUUAGGAGAAAACAAAUGCAACAACAGCUAGAAGAUUUAGAGAAUUGGCUGAAACAAAUGGAUGAGCUAUCUGCUAAAGCUGUACAAUCACAAAUUGAAGCGAAGAAAAAAAAAUGA